AUGGGGGAGGUGGAGCCGGGGCCCGCGGGCCCGCUCGAGCCCCCGGAGCCGCCCGAAGCGCCCGCGAGCCGCCGGCCGGGCGGGAUCCGGGUCCUGAAGAGAAAUAUGAAACGCAAUGGGAGCAGAAAUUGUUUGAAUAGGAGAAGUAGGUUUGGUUCUCGAGAAAGAGACUGGCUGAGAGAAGAUGUGAAGAGAGGCUGUGUUUACCUUUAUGGAGCAGACACGACCACUGCCACUACAACCGCCACCUCCGCUGCCUCCUCCGCCGCCGCCUCCUCCUCUGACUUACAUCUUGUCCUUUGCACAGUCGAGACUCCAGCAUCAGAAAUAUGUGCUGGAGAGGGAAGGGAAAGUCUUUAUUUACAGCUUCAUGGCGACCUGGUCAGGAGACUGGAACCCACCGAACGGCCUCUUCAGAUUGUUUAUGAUUACUUGUCCAGGCUGGGCUAUGACGACCCUGCGCGCAUACAGGAGGAGGCCGCCAAUCCCGACCUCGGCUGCAUGCUUCGGUUUUAUGGUGAGAAACCAUGCCAGAUGGAUCAACUGGAUCGAAUCCUUCUCUCUGGCAUCUAUAACGUACGCAAGGGGAAGACCCAGCUGCAUAAGUGGGCUGAACGCCUAGUUGUUCUCUGUGGCACCUGCCUCAUCGUUUCCUCAGUGAAGGAUUGUCAAACUGGAAAGAUGCACAUUUUGCCUCUGGUCGGGGGAAAGGUAGAAGAAGUGAAGCGAAGGCAGUACUCCCUUGCAUUCAGCUCAGCUGGAGCUCAGGCUCAGACCUAUCAUGUCAGCUUUGAGACUUUGGCUGAGUACCAGAGAUGGCAACGGCAAGCAUCCAAGGUGGUGUCCCAGCGAAUGAGCACUGUCGACCUCUCAUGUUACAGCCUUGAGGAGGUUCCUGAGCAUCUCUUCUACAGUCAAGAUAUCACCUACCUCAACUUGCGACAUAACUUCAUGCAAUUAGAAAGGCCAGGGGGCCUUGACACUCUUUACAAAUUUUCUCAUCUGAAGGGCCUGAACUUGUCCCAUAAUAAACUUGGGUUGUUUCCUGUAUUGUUGUGUGAGAUUUCUACCCUGACUGAGCUAAACCUUUCCUGUAAUGGAUUUCACGACCUGCCAAGUCAGAUUGGCAAUCUUCUAAAUCUUCAAAUUCUCUGUCUUGAUGGCAACUAUCUGACUACUUUGCCUGAAGAAUUGGGAAAUCUGCAACAGCUUUCCUCCCUUGGAAUUUCCUUCAACAACUUCAGUCAAAUUCCCGAGGUGUAUGAGAAACUCACCAUGUUAGACAAAGUGGUUAUGGCAGGAAAUCGACUGGAAGUCCUUAACCUAGGGAUGCUGAACAGGAUGAGCCAUAUCAAACACGUAGAUUUAAGGAUGAACCAUUUGAAAACCAUGGCAAUUGAAAAUCUGGAGGGAAAUAAAUACAUCACCCACAUGGAUUUGCGAGACAACCAGCUGACUGACUUAGAUCUUAGCUCCUUCUGUAGCUUGGAGCAGCUGCAUUGUGAGCGGAACCAGCUGAGGGAGCUGACACUCAGUGGCUUCUCCCUUCGGACUCUCUAUGCCAAUUCCAACAGGCUGACAGCAGUGAAUAUCUAUCCAGUACCCAGUCUUCUCACAUCUCUAGAACUUUCCAGAAACCAGCUGGAAUGUGUCCCUGACUGGGCCUGUGAAGCAAAGAAGAUAGAAAUAUUAGAUGUGAGCUAUAAUCUUCUGACAGAGGUUCCUGUGAGAAUUCUUAGUAGCUUGAGUCUUCGGAAACUGAUGGUGGGACACAAUCACGUGCAGAACCUCCCAGCGCUGGUGGAGCACAUCCCCCUGGAGGUGCUGGAUAUUCAGCAUAACCUGCUCACCAGGCUGCCGGACACCCUCUUCUCCAAGGCCUUAAACCUCAGGUACUUGAAUGCAUCUGCAAAUAGUCUGGAGUCCUUGCCAUCUGCUUCUGCAGGGGAGGAGAGCCUGAGUGCCCUGCAGCUGCUCUAUCUGACCAACAACCUCCUGACAGAUCAGUGUGUGCCCGUCCUGGUCGGGCACCCACACCUGCGAAUCUUGCAUCUUGCAAACAACCAGCUACAGACUUUUCCCGCAAGCAAACUAAAUAAAUUGGAACAAUUGGAGGAACUGAACCUAAGUGGCAACAAGCUUAAAACCAUUCCCACGACCAUAGCGAACUGCAAAAGGCUGCACACCCUUGUCGCACACUCCAACAACAUCAGCAUUUUCCCAGAAAUACUGCAGUUGCCUCAGAUCCAGUUUGUAGACCUAAGUUGUAAUGACUUGACAGAAAUUCUGAUCCCAGAGGCCCUGCCUGCUACCUUACAGGACCUUGACCUGACUGGAAAUACAAACCUGGUUCUGGAACACAAGACACUGGACACAUUUAGCCAUAUCACAACCCUGAAAAUUGACCAGAAACCUUUGCCAACCACGGAUCCUACAGUUACAUCAACUUUUUGGAGCCAUGGACUGGCUGAGAUGGCAGGGCAGAGGAACAAGCUGUGUGUAUCUUCGCUAGCUGUGGAUACCUUCGCGGAGGGCGUGGGAGCCGUAUACGGCAUGUUUGAUGGGGACCGGAAUGAGGAGCUCCCCCGCCUCCUGCAGUGCACGGUGGCAGACGUGCUUCUGGAGGAGGUCCAGCACUCGUCCAGUGACACCGUUUCCAUGGCUCACACCUUCUUGGUAUCUCACAGGAAAUUAGGGAUGGCUGGUCAGAAGCUGGGCUCCUCUGCUCUUCUUUGUUACAUCCGCCCUGACAUUGCCGACUCAACAAGUAGUUUUAGCUUGACGGUGGCCAACGUGGGCACGUGCCAAGCAGUCCUGUGUCGAGGUGGGAAACCAGUGCCCCUCUCUAAAGUCUUCAGCCUGGAACAGGAUGCGGAAGAGGCCCAAAGAGUGAAGGACCAAAAAGCCAUCAUAACAGAGGAUAACAAAGUGAAUGGGGUAACCUGCUGCACCCGGAUGCUGGGCUGUACAUAUCUCUACCCUUGGAUCCUCCCCAAGCCCUACAUCUCUUCCACUACACUUACCAUUCAGGACGAGUUGUUGAUCCUGGGAAACAAAGCAUUGUGGGAACAUUUGUCAUACACAGAAGCUGUCAGUGCAGUGCGUCAUGUACAGGACCCAUUAGCAGCUGCCAAGAAGCUGUGCACAUUAGCACAGAGCUACGGUUGUCAGGACAAUGUGGGGGCAGUAGUGGUUUAUUUGAACAUGGGUGAGGAGGGCUGCACUUGUGAGAUGAAUGGGCUCAGCCUCCCAGGUCCCGGGGGAUUUGCUUCAACCACGACCAUCAAGGACCCGCUCAAGCCAACCACUCCUUCCUCCAGCAGUGGGAUUGCCUCUGAGUUCAGCAGCGAGAUGUCCACGUCGGAGGUGAGCAGUGAGGUGGGGUCCACCGCUUCUGAUGAGCAUAACACCGCUGGCCUGGACGCCAGCUUGCUCCCCCGGCCAGAGAGGCGCUGCAGCCUCCACCCCACCCCCGCCUCUGCCGUGUUUCAGCGCCAGCCUUCUUGUGCGACUUUCUCAAGUAACCAGUCUGACAACGGCCUGGACAGUGACGAUGACCAGCCCGUCGAAGGGGUCAUAACCAAUGGCAGCAAAGUAGAAGUGGAAGUGGAUAUCCACUGCUGUCGGGGGAGGGAGAGCUCGCCCACGCUCCCAAAGAAUUCUCCCGCCCCGUGUCCCGAGGAACAUGGGAGAGGAUUGUUUUUUGGGAUCCGAAGACAGAACAGUGUGAACAGUGGCAUACUUCUGCCAGUGAGCAAGGACAGGAUGGAGCUACAGAAGUCUCCCUCCACCUCCUGUCUCUACGGGAAGAAACUCUCCAAUGGCUCGGUUGUGCCCCUCGAAGACAGCCUGAACCUCAUUGAAGUGGCCACAGAAGCACCCAAGAAGAAAACUGGCUAUUUUGCUGCCCCCACGCAGCUGGAGCCGGAGGAUCAGUUUGUUUUACCUCGUGACCUGGAAGAAGAAGUGAAGGAGCAAAUGAAGCAACACCAGGAAAGCAGGCCCGAGCCUGAGCUGGUUGAAGAGGAUCGGACCGAGCUCCCCGAGGAGUUUGACACGGCACUGUGA